AUGGAAGAUGAAAGUGGUUUCAGAUACAAAAGUGUGCUAGACGGCACAUACAUUAAAGUGAAUGUUAGUAUCAUCGAUCAACCUCGAUAUAGGACGAGAAAGGAAGAGAUUGCCACAAACGUUCUUGUGGUGUGUGAUCAAAAUGGGGAGUUCGUCUUCGUUUUGCCAGGGUGGGAAGGGUCUGCAGUCGAUUCAAGGAUUCUUAGGGAUGCAAUUUCGCGACCAUAUGGAUUGAGGGAUACUAUUACCUAUGUGAUGCUGGAUACCCCAACGCUGAAGGAUUCUUGGUGUCGUACAGAGGGGAACGAUUACCAUUUCUCUCCGAUUGGCGUGGAGCAGGAAACGCACCGACAACUACAUGAGAAUUUUUUCAACAUGAAAACAUUCUUCAGCAAGGAACGUUAUCGAGCGAGCGUUUGGGUUGCUGAGGGGCGGUGGGCUAUUCUUAGGGGAAAUCAAUUCUACCCAAUACAAGUCCAAUGUCGAACAAUAACUUGCAUGUUGCCUUAUUCACACUUGAUGACAAGGGAGAUAGAAAUCGGUGCAAUACUUGACGUGCUCGAUGAGGAGAAUUUUGCAUCAGUUGGUCUUGAUGGGGAUCAUAUUGAAUUUGUUGAAUCAUCAGAGGAAUGGACCAAGUUCAUGGAUGACUUAGCGGUCGAAAUGUUUACUCAAUGGCAAAAAGCCUGA